UGCGAUAACUUGACAGGGCGAGUCACUAAGCUUCAUCUCCAUGAUAUAAGGGAGCUGAAGCUUGGAGAAUUUGACUUCUUCCUUGAUGCCUCUUUGUUUCUUCCCUUUCAGGAAUUGCAGGGGCUAGGUUUGGAGAAUAAUACCAUACAAGGCGAAUCCUACUUAGCUCUCUCACUAUAUUUCAAUUCAGGCUUGGGAAAUGCUGUACAAGCUUUAUAAUCUUACAAUCAAUGCAGGUUUGAAAGGAGAACUAAAGUUAAAGAAGCUACAGCUGUUGACAUUGGCUCAAAACCAACUCACUGAAAUUCCAUCCUUGGGCGCACUACUGUCCCUGAAUUAUCUUAACCUUGCAAGCAAUUAUCUAAAAAAUUUAUCAGAUUUUAACAAGUUAACUACUUUACGCAGUCUGCAAAUAUUAGUCUUCAGGAAUAAUCAAAUCAGGGGCAAUCUACCACCAUCCAUUGGGACCUUCACCUCCUUGAAAUCUUUGUCAUUGGCAAACAAUGAAUUAAAUGGCCCUUUACCGGAGGAAGGAUUUUGCGGUUUGAGGAACAUUGAAGAGUUGGAUCUUUACUCAAAUAGCUUUGAUGGAAGUAUUCCGUUAUGUUUUAGCAAUUUAACAUCCCUAAAGUUCCUGGAUCUUUCUUCAAACAGACUUACUGGAACCAUUCCUACAACUCUUUUCUACCGUCUCUCAUCCCUUGAACAUGUUUCCCUUUCUGAUAAUCACUUUGAAGGUUCAUUCUCAUUCAGUUCAGUUGCUAACAACUCUAAGCUUCAAUUCUUUGAGCUUCAUUGCAACAAUAGAAUGUUGAAUAUAGACACAGAAAAUCCACCUUGGACACCGCUCUUUCAAUUGAACUUCCUCCGUAUAUCAAAUUGUGAGCUCAAUGAACCAAGUAGGGUAAUGCCCAGUUUCAUUUUGACACAAGGGAACCUCAGACUCUUAGAACUCAGUAACAACAGUAUAACUGGGAGAAUUCCUACAUGGUUGCUCAAGAAUAAUUCUGGACUACAAUUCCUUUCCCUCGGAGGAAACUUCUUUACGGGCUCAUUUGUUAUGAAUUCUGACCAUUGGUUUGGAAACCUGUAUUGGUUCGAUGUGUCCAUGAAUGAAAUCUAUGGAGAGCUUCCGCCUCUUAUGGGUUUUAUUUUUUCUAACCUGGUCUAUUUGCGAUUAUCUGAGAAUGCAUUUCAAGGUACAAUUCCUCCAUCAAUGGGUGAUAUGAGAAAUUUGUACUAUCUGGAUCUAUCCAACAACAAUUUUUCUGGAGAGCUACCAGUAAAUUUGAUAAUGGGGUGCAUCUCGUUGAGAUUUUUGAAGCUUUCAAAUAAUGCUUUUGAGGGGAAUUUAUUCAAAUCAGAGUGGAAUCUCACCAAUCUUCAUCAUUUAUUUAUGGAUAAUAACUUGUUCUCAGGGAAACUCUCAGAUGGAAUUAUGAACAGCUCUCAGCUAGAGAUACUGUCUCUAAAGAGUAAUUUGAUCUCAGGAAAAAUUCCAGAUUGGAUUGGAAACUUGUCAUCAUUGGAGUACCUUGUCUUGGCUGAGAAUUCAUUACAUGGAUCAAUCCCAUUAAGUUUCUCUGGAUUACAACAGUUAAAAUUGCUUUACCUUUCUGGGAACUAUCUUCAUCAAAUACCACCUGGUGUUAACCUUUCAUCCUUGGCAUAUUUACAUCUUGCAGACAAUGAACUUGAUGGACCUCUGCCAAGUUUUAUUUCCAGAUUAUCUUCUCUUAUAUCUUUGGAUGUUAGAUAUAACAAAUUGUCGGGCAGAAUUCCUAGCUGGCUAAGCUCACUCACAAAUUUAAGGACUCUUCUGUUAAAGGGAAAUAGUCUCCAUAGCCCGAUCCCUGCUGAAUUGUGUCAGCUCAAAAACACCAGCAUACUAGACCUUUCAUUCAACAAUCUUUCUGGAAAGAUACCUCUUUGCUUGUGUAGCAUGCCCUUUGGGGAGAAAAAGCCACUUCCUAUUGACGGAACCUUUUCUUCCAACAUAUUUGGGUGGUCAAUGCCAAGGAUAGUGGCAUAUGAAUAUGUGGGUCUGUUUGGUGUGUUGGAUUAUCCUAUGGCAACACAUGUGAGUAUAAGUGUUUCGGAAAAUGUGCAAUUUUUAACUAAGAGUAGGUAUGAAGAUUUUUCUUACAGUAUUUUAUAUUUCAUAUCUGGAAUUGAUCUAUCUCAUAAUAAAUUCAUAGGUCCAAUCCCUCCCUGUAUUGGUUAUCUCAGUGACAUUCACUCUUUAAACCUGUCACACAAUUAUUUUGAUGGAUCUAUUCCUAAAACACUAUCCAUGUUGAAAGAAAUAGAAAGCAUGGAUCUGUCCUACAACAGGCUCACUGGUGAAAUCCCAUCUGAACUGAUAGCUUUGAACUUUCUGUCAGUUUUCUCAGUGGCUUACAAUAACUUAUCAGGUAGGACACCAGCCAUGGUUGGUCAGUUUGCUACAUUUGAGAAGCAGAGCUAUGAAGGUAAUGAAUUUCUUUGUGGAAUGCCGCUACCUGAUUGUGGUACGAAAAAUACCAAAUUACCUGAACUAUAUGAUGAAGGAACAAAUGAUUCAUUCAUAGUUGAGUUUCAAUGGAGCUUUCUUGGAUCAUACAUUGUGGCAUUUCUGAGUGUUGUUGCUUACCUAUACUGCAGUCCUUAUCAUUCCAUGCUGCUUUAUGAAUUCUUUACGACAAGAUUUAGGACUUGCGUUUCGCCUUUUAGAAGGCGCUGA